AUGGCCCCCAAGCCUCCCUGCGCAAAGUACCAGUACGUCGUCACUCCAGCAGGCCCAAAGAUCGUCCCCGUCGAUGAGCCAUCGUGCAAAGACGAGGAGAGCCCCGCAGACUACAAUGCUGGCGGUUAUCUCCCCGUGAAGGUCAAUGAUACAUUCAAGCAGGGCAGAUAUAGAGUCGUUCGCAAGCUUGGUUGGGGUCACUUUUCAACCGUCUGGCUCGUCAAGGAUUCCCAGUCCGGCGUACACAGCGCACUCAAGGUCGUCAAGUCCGCCGGACGCUAUGCAGAGACAGCCAGAGACGAGAUCAAGCUCCUCUCCCGGGUCGCUUCUGUUUCUCCGGACCAUCCUGGAAGAGCACAUAUCGUCUCUUUCCUCGAUUCCUUUUCCCACCAAGGUCCAGAAUCAUCCCACAUCUGUAUCGUCUUUGAACCCCUCGGCGAAAACCUCCUCGCCCUUAUCGAGCGGAACAAGAAGAAGGGGGUCCCCAAGGCUCUCGUCAAGAUCAUUGCAAAGCAGGUUCUCCUCGGUCUCCAGUAUCUCCACGAUGAAUGCGACCUUGUACACACUGAUAUUAAACCGGAGAACAUCUGUUUCACCAAGAGCACAUGCUUGGAAGUGACCUCGGUCCGACAAACCCUUGAGGAACUCGACGAGCUUACACGGAGUGGUAUCCCUAUUCAAAUGAAGGGCAAAGAGAAGGAACCUGAAGGGUUAAGUGCUGGAAGUAGCCCACUCAAGCCGUCAUCUUGGAUCGAACAGGCUUCCUCUCUCUCGUCGUCGUACAAGUCCAAAGGAAGCCCUUUCAAAUCUAGCAAGCCCCGGUCAUCCAAUCGACACGGCCACUCUCAUUCACAAUCUGGUGCACCCUGGCAGGAUCCUGGUGUUGCCUCCCCCGCUCCUGCUGUACUCGUCAAUGCCGUAGCCAGUGCUGAUGGUCAAGAAACGUCACAGACGGCUUUCAAUUCACUCCGUACCUCGAGCAGUAGUACCAGCACCAUCACAAUAGCCCACUCGGAGAGCUCUUCCACAACUGCCACCGCCACGCAACCUUCGCCGACGGGAACACCCUUGGGACCGAGAAAGACCAAGACGAUGUCGAUUAUCAAUGGCGUUAGCAAGCUUAUCAGUGAUACCUCUACUAUGCUUUCCACCGGUCUUCAUCCCACUAGCGAAACGAAGCCGAAUACCAACACCACGAAUAGGACGCCGCAAUCCGGCGAAACAAAUGUUACGACUAAUCAUGUCUCCCUCCUGACGCAAACUGCACCCACACGGAUAUCUGCGAAUGUGGAACCUCUUCGGACGACUACGACUCGACCCUCGCCUCCCCAACAUAUCUCCCAGCUCUCAGCGCACAUGCAUUCCGAGCCUUGCCCUUCCCUUCCCUCGCAUGACUCGGUGCUGUCUUCUCAUUUCCCAAGCGAAACCUCCCGACCGAAUUUCACCACCGUUUCCACUGCCAUUGCCCAACGUUUAGUUUUCGGUACAUCCUCCAGUCCUGCUCCUCCCCCUCCCACACCCGUUGACGGCCCUGUGUUUGGUUCUUUCCCCAUUUCUCCACCGCCUCCUUUUACUUCACAAUUCCCCAAUCCUCCCCCUAUCUCCAUCAAGAUCGCUGACCUCGGCAACGCCACUCCGUCGAAGAAACACUUUACCGAGGAUAUCCAGACUCGCCAAUACCGCGCUCCCGAAGCUAUCGUAGGCCGCAAGGAUUGGGAUACAAGAGCGGAUGUGUGGAGUGUUGCGUGUGUCGUUUUCGAGCUUUUGACGGCCGAGUAUUUGUUCGACCCGCAAGGGCAGGGAGAGCUCUUCACGAAGGACGAUGAUCAUAUGGCGCAGAUCAUUGAGCUAUUGGGAGAUUUCCCGUUGGACGUGAAGAUGGGUGGGAAGUAUAGCAGGGAGUUGUUUGAUCAUACUGGUGCGUUGAGGUAUAUCCGGACGCUGAAGCCGUGGCCUUUGAAGAGGGUUAUGAUCGAGAAGUACCUUUAUUCGGAAGAGGAUUCGGAUGCGCUUUGUGCGUUUUUGGAGCCGAUGCUGAAGGCUGAUAUGAGGGAGCGGGCGCAUGCGAGGGAUAUGCUUGACCAUCCUUGGUUGGAUGUUUCGAAUGAGGAGGAGGUGACAGAGUGGUAG